GCAACUUAGCAAGGCCCUAAAGCAACUCAGCGAGACCCUGUCUCUUAUAUUUUUUUUCUUCUCUUUUUCUAGGCUCGAAAUGCAGAAAAGGCCAUGACGGCCUUAGCCCGAUUUCGCCAAGCUCAAUUGGAAGAAGGAAAAGUGAAGGAAAGAAGACCCUUCCUUGCUUCAGAAUGUACAGAGCUGCCCAAAGCUGAGAAAUGGAGGCGACAGAUCAUUGGAGAGAUCUCCAAAAAAGUAGCUCAGAUUCAGAAUGCUGGUUUAGGUGAAUUCCGAAUUCGCGACCUGAAUGACGAGAUCAACAAGCUGCUGAGGGAGAAGGGACACUGGGAGGUCCGCAUCAAGGAGCUGGGCGGCCCUGAUUAUGGAAAAGUCGGCCCUAAAAUGCUGGAUCAUGAAGGGAAAGAAGUCCCAGGAAACCGAGGUUACAAGUACUUUGGAGCAGCAAAAGAUCUGCCUGGAGUUAGAGAGCUGUUUGAAAAAGAACCUCUUCCUCCUCCCAGAAAGACGCGGGCCGAGCUCAUGAAGGCGAUUGACUUUGAAUACUAUGGGUACCUGGAUGAGGACGACGGUGUCAUCGUGCCCCUGGAGCAAGAGUAUGAGAAGAAACUCAGAGCUGAGCUGGUGGAGAAAUGGAAGGCCGAGAGAGACGCCCGACUGGCCAGAGGGGAGAAGGAGGAGGAGGAGGAGGAGGAGGAGGAGGAGGUCAACAUCUACGCCGUCACAGAGGAGGAGUCGGAUGAGGAAGGCAGCCAGGAGCGGACAGGCGAGGACGGGCAGCAGAAGUUCAUCGCACACGUCCCAGUACCAUCCCAACAGGAGAUCGAAGAGGCGCUCGUGCGCAGGAAGAAGAUGGAGUUGCUGCAGAAGUACGCCAGCGAGACCCUGCAGGCCCAGAGUGAGGAGGCCCGAAGGCUCCUGGGAUAUUAGGCCAGGCUGGUGCCCUCCCAGGAGUCUGGAAGGUGGGCUCGAUGUCUGGCGCCCCUGCAGCCACCCUGCGUGCCAACAGGUGGUGCUUCGAGGAGGCCCUGCUCCCUUCUCACCCUUCAUCUCUUUCCUGGUCUCCUGGGCUAAUCCCCGGGGAGGGCUUUGCCAGCUGCUCCAAAGUGUGUAAAAGGAGCCAGCACGGUGGCCCACGCCGUGAUCCCAGCAGCUCGGGAGGCUGAGGCAGGAGGAUCGAAAGUUGGAGGCCAGCCUCAGCCACGUAACAAGAUCCUAUCUUUCCAUAGAAACUAAGCAGCAGCACGGGGGUGGCUCAGUGGUGGAACGUCACUGGUUCAUUCCCUGGAACCACACACAACAAAAAAAAAGUGUUGAUUUUUUUUCUAGAAAAUUGAGAUGCUGGGUUGACCCUGAACCCUCCCCCAUGGGCCGCCAGCCAGAGUGGCCCUGUCCCUCUGGGCCCUGCGCUGGCUCUGACUACCCCAGCCUGCUUCCCGUCUCCCGCCCAGGGACCAAGACCACUGAACUGGUCCCUUCUGUUUUCUAACCUGUUCUGCACACAACUAUUUUUAUUAAAGAUUUUUAUAAGAAAGAGGAA